AUGGUACUACGUCGACGUGGCUUGCUCAAAUACAUUCUCCUAAUACCAGUCUUAUGGUUUAUUGCAAUUCUUGUAUUUUCAUUUCAAGUUCAACCGUCACCAUCCCCUCGCUUCAAAAAAGAUGCAGUCGAUCAGAAAGAACAAGCACCAUCGUUGAUUGAUCGAGUAGCAGCACGAUCCCUGAUCGAUCGUAUACGAAACGCAUUAAAAUUCAAGCAAGAACAUGUUGAUCAUGACCAUCCAGUUGAAGAACGGUUCAAAGCUCGCGAGCAAGCUAGAAAAAUGAAUGCACAGAUACAAGUUGUUGCACCGGAAUUGGAACAUGACCAUAAACAUCUGAACAAGACUGGUCCCGGUGAAAUGGGUAAUGCUGUACGAAUAAAAAAAGAAGACUUAUCGCCAGAGGAGCGGAAAAAGUACGAUGAAGGGUGGAAAAACAACGCUUUCAAUCAAUAUGUUAGCGACAUGAUAUCAUUUCGGCGAAGUUUAGCUGAUGUUCGUGAUCCCGAAUGUAAAAAGGUUGAAUUUCAUCCAAAUCUUCCCGAUACAACUGUAAUUAUUAUUUUUCACAAUGAAGCACGUUCAACUUUAUUGCGAACAAUUUGGUCGGUACUCGAUCGUUCACCGCCGAACUUGUUGAAAGAAGUGAUAGUUGUGGAUGAUUUUUCCGAUAGAGAAUACCUACAUAAAAUGCUGGAAGAUGAUAUCAAACCAAUGAAGAAGGUUAAACUACUUCGAACACAAAAGCGUGAAGGACUUAUUCGAGCACGAUUGAAAGGUGCUUAUGCUGCAACUGGUCAAGCUCUUGUGUUUCUCGAUUCACAUUGUGAAUGUGCUGAAGGCUGGCUCGAGCCAUUAUUGGACCCAAUUGCUCGUAAUCCGAAAGCAUCCGUGGUACCAUUGAUUGAAAUUAUCGAUGAUUCGACAUUUGAAUUUCGAGGAACACCAAUCCAAAACAUUCAAGUCGGUGGGUUUGAUUGGAAUUUGAUCUUUAAUUGGCAUAUGACACCUACACAUGAGAUGGAACGGCGAAAAAACAAAACCGAUCCGAUUAGGAGUCCAACUAUGGCCGGUGGUUUGUUUGCUAUAGAUCGAGCCUGGUUUGAAGAAUUAGGCAUGUAUGAUCCAGGAAUGGACAUUUGGGGUGGUGAAAAUCUUGAACUUUCGUUUAAACUUUGGCAAUGUGGUGGUGAACUUUUGUGCGCUCCUUGCUCGCAUGUCGGUCAUGUAUUUCGAAAACGUUCGCCUUACAGUUGGCCGAAAAAUACCAAUGUUAUCAGAAAGAACAGUGUUCGUCUUGCUGAAGUUUGGCUUGAUGAUUAUAAAAAUUAUUACUAUGAACGAAUCAAUUUUUCUCUAGGAGACUAUGGAAAUGUAUCGGACCGAAAACAACUUCGUGAACGUCUUCAAUGCAAAUCAUUCAAAUGGUACCUCGACAAUAUCUUCCCUGAACAGUUCAUUCCCGGAGAGAGUUUAUACUACGGCGAAGUUCGAAAUCAAGGCAAAGCAACCAUGUGUCUCGAUUCCCAAGAAGUUGAACAAUCGGAUAAAGCAGUUAUUGCUUAUCCAUGUCAUGGUCAGGGUGGUAAUCAGUUCUUUCUUCUAACUAAAAUUGGAGAAAUCCGACGAGAAGAGAAAUGUCUUGAUUAUGUCAGCACUAAACUCAAAGAACCUGGUCAAGUUCGCUCGAUGUUAUGUCAUUCACAAAGAGGUAAUCAAAUGUGGUUUUAUGAGCAUGAAAUGAUUCGACAUGCAACUGGUUAUUGUAUGGAGUUAUCAGCGACACAAGAUCGAGAUGUUUUCAUGGCUCCAUGUAAUCCAUUGAACAAAUAUCAGCGAUGGUCAUGGAAGAAACGUAUAGACAAUUCGACGACUCGUCAAUAA